ACGUUAUCUUCUCUCAUUCUCUCAUUUCCAGCUCGGGAGAGACGCAGAGAUGGUGCUCUCGAUCGCCGCCGUCCUUGUGCCGCUCUUCGGGAACCCUAGCCUUUCCCCACUUGAAUGCCAUCUAAAGAGCUCCGAGAUCCAGAGAAAAUGGAGGAUCGGGGCAUCGUCUGCCGUUCCGGGACUCGAUCUGGCGUCGCUUGAAACCGCAAUCGCGAAGAAAGAUAGUGAUGCUGUUAAAGAGACACUUGAUCAGCUGAGCCAGGUUGGGUGGGCUAAGAAAUGGAGUUCCCAGCCAUAUGUAUCACGCCGUACGACAUCACUAAGGGAGCUGACUACUAUUGGAAUAAAAAAUGCAGAAAAUCUUGCAAUUCCAAGUGUUAGAAAUGAUGCAGCUUUUCUUUUCACUGUUGUGGGGACCACUAGCUUUGUUGCUGUGCUUGCUGGUCAGCUUCCAGGGGAUUGGGGAUUCUUUGUGCCAUAUUUAAUUGGAAGUAUCUCUUUGAUAGUCUUGGCCGUGGGGAGCAUAUCUCCUGGUCUUCUUCAAGCAGCAAUUGGUGGUUUUUCUUCAAUUUUCCCUGAUUAUCAAGAGAGGAUUGCCAGGCAUGAAGCAGCUCACUUCUUAGUUGCUUACUUGAUUGGAUUGCCUAUCUUGGGAUAUUCACUUGACAUUGGAAAAGAACAUGUCAAUUUGAUUGAUGAGGGGUUACAAAAGAUGAUAUAUGGCGGCCAGCUUGACAAUAAGGAGCUGGACAGGUUGGCUGUGGUGUCAAUGGCUGGACUCGCUGCAGAAGGCCUGAAAUACGAUAAAGUUGUCGGUCAAUCAGCUGAUCUCUUCACCCUUCAGAGAUUUAUCAACAGGAGCAAGCCACAGAUCAGCAAAGAGCAACAACAAAACCUAACCAGAUGGGCUGUUUUGUUUGCUGCAUCACUCCUGAAGAACAACACCGUAACUCAUGAAGCUCUCAUGUCAGCAAUGUCCAAGAAGGCCAGUGUUCUUGACUGCAUCAAAGCAAUUGAAAAUUCAUAGUUGUGGGAGAUUAAGGCAAGAAGAGAGAGGAAAGAGAAAAGAUGGCCGGCAGAAGUGAAGAGAUGGGAGAAGGCUCCACGACACAUCCCUGUCUUUUUAUCCAAAGCUUCAUUAAAUCCUUCCUUCAUUGCCUUGGCUUAGACAUGACAAGCAAUCACGCUGUACUUUUUUGCUUUCUGUUUUUCUACAUGCAUGUGUUUACUUUAUCUAAUUAAUUUUAUACUGAUUAAUGUCUUAUUGUUUUA